AUGGAACAGUGGCAACUACUAUCAGACAAGAUGUUCCGUACUGCUGCUGAGGUUACAUUUACCGUUCUUCAAGCCUGCUUCGAGGACAAUGAUGGCGGUAACAUUGGAACUCCGAUGUCCUUUUCUACUUCGUGGUUUGACGCAUUCAAGAAACGCCCUCAGAUCGCCUAUUGCCAGCUCCGGGGUGAGGCCGGUUCCGUUAACCUGGAGGCGAUUGAACUAGAACUUGCCGAGAUCCGCCAGCUCUGUACCAUGUAUGAUCCCCAGAACAUCUACAACUGCGAUGAGACGGGCCUGUACUUGAGGGAGCUAAAUUCCAAGCCGUACACCACGAUUGGGAAUAUAGCUGGAGGCAAGGCUGAUCGAACUGCCCGAAUUUCCAUUUACCAGCGCAACUCACUCGCCAUCAAUAUUGCAACAACAAUGGCGAGCCAUGUAGCUCUCCUAUCGAUCCGAGCGACUUAG